UAGUAUUUGCGGUAUAAAAUGUAAGGUGGUUUCUUAAUAGCUAAGUUUGCGGCAUAAUUUGUGAACGUCUAGGUCUUUUUACUUCAGUGACAAGUGAAUUUAUGGAAACUUCUGUCUACCAAUAAACAUUGUUACGAUGAUGAAAAAGAGAAAUAUUGUUGCACAGUUCAGUAACUUGAAUAACCUUUUGUCGGAAUUUGAACCAUUCGCUACGUCGCCUCCAGAAGAUUCGUUUUUCUACAUUCGAUAUCCAAAGACAGAUGUAUUGUUUGGCAAACCGAAGUUUCCCAACGAAGUUCCGAAGGUUUUGAUUGAACAACCUAACGAAGUAGCAGCUUCGGCCACGUUUAAUGUGAUCAAAGAUAAAGAUUGGUCGAAACACACGAAACCCUGCCAAGAAGUUCUGCACGGAAUUGCACCUAUUAAUACAGCUGCAAAUUCAAACAAUGUUAAACCUAAGCCCGCGGGUGUAGACGAUGGCUUCAAAGGAGAAGGCGCGGCGUGUGCUACUUCUAUCGUCAAGGUCGCAAGUCAGAUGACACAGACUCGCUCGCCCCGUGGCUUUACAGUAGCGACUCCUCUAGAGGACAGUGGGGAGUUACAGCCGAGACACUUAGCAAGGCGAAACAGUAAGAGCCUGCCCGCCACUCCGGCACACUCGCCACCCACAAGCCCAACUUCUCGUAGAAGGAUGAAUGGCAACCGAUUCUUCACAUCGCCGUUUGAGCCAGUAGGAGACGCCAACAAUCGAUCAUGGCUCACAAUGGCGUUGCUUGGCUACAAAAAAGAUCUCACAACAUCUUCGUCAACACUAGCUGAGGAAGACACUAUUGAAAAUAGAUUACAUGGUGGUUCCUUAGCAGAGUCCGUAGAAAGUCUCGGACCAGCUCCUAAAGUGGAUCCAAAAAUAAUCUCCAAUAAUCCGCCGAGUCAGCAACCCAAGUUAACGAAACCGUCGACCACCUUCCGCCCGAAACCCACUGAGUUUCGAGAAAUGAAUUUCUGGUCACCUACUUCGAUGUAAAUUAACCAAUCUUUAUUGUUUUUUAUGGUUUCUCCACCAUGUACUUCAGAUUAAGUUUUCAGUCUGAUUUACAUUGUAUUGUGUCGUUAUAGGACCAAAAAUGACAGUGUUUUUGGCAUGUCUUUAAAGUUAUGCCGUAGUUUUAUUUAAAUGGACAUAUUACAGUAUUUUACGUUUGUUAGCAAAUAAAAAAAAAAAAAAAACAAGCCUACGAAUGAAUAUGUGACAAGUAAUGGUUUCAAAUAAUUUGUUAGUUUUUAUUAAUAAGUGCGUAUAAUUUAUGCAACAGUGUCGAAUUGAUUACAUAUCACAAAAACAGAUUAUUAUCGUUUUUAGUCCUGUACCUACAAUCUAACGACUGAUUGCGUCAUGUUUAUGUUUGUAGACGAAAUUUAACAGUGACAAACAACCUUUUUAUCUUUAUAAUGCUAUAUUACAAAAUAAAUCUGUUCUUUUGUAAUAUUUGCAAGAUUUUAUGUUUUUAAAUCGUAUCAAGUGCUACAUUUAUGUUUACAAUGAUUUGGUUUGUUAUUAUUACAAUAAGAAAAUAAAUUUUAAUCAAUUACAUAAUUCUAAAUCAUAUCUAAAUGGACAGUAAUUAAGAUCUUUUCUCUAAAUACAAGUGUCUCUUUGUUGGGAUAGUAAUGGACUGUUGCUAAUUUAGGUUAACUGGCAUAUAUUUGUUUAUUAGGUACAUUAAUAAUAACAAUAUUUGUUACCUUUAACCUGAUAUUAUAUCAAAAUUUAUUUUAAAAUUUAUUAUUAAUACUCCAUUAAGAUAACAAUUCAUUUACAUAAUAAUACACAAAAAUAAUAUGAACACUAAUUUAUGACCACAUACAAAAAUGCUUUCGACCAAUAGAUCAUAUUUAAGUGAAGUAUUUUUUAUCACUAUGUUAAGUUCAUAAAGUAAUAGUUAAUAAUAAAGAAAUCAUACAAAUAGAAUGGACCUACAGGGGAGUAAACGAAAAAUAAAUAAAUUAGUUUACUAGUGUUACUUAUAAAAAAAGAACACAUUUUUUGAUACCAUGUGAUAUUCAAAAGCAUUUAUAACUUUGCAACCACUGUGUUGCUUUUGGUAAAGAUAUGCCAAUGGUGGAAUCAAAAAUGAAUAACCCAAUAAUAUUAUUCUAUGUGAUAAUAGUAAAAGUUGGAUUUAUCUAAAUAUGACGGUCGAGAGUAACUUCAUGUAUGCUAAUCUAGGUUUUAUUAUUAUUGUAAGUUUUACAUUAACGAUAGUACGAUUAGCAGUAAUGAUGCCUAUGAAUUCAUUUAAGAACAUGUAAAAAAAUAAAACAAUUAUAUUGGUAUUACUCAGAAUAUACAACUGUACUCAGGUCAGAGUUAACAUCUUGUAGGGAUUUAUCGCAAUUAUAACUGUGCUACCAUGUUAGGUUAAGCAUAAUUUCUAUAUUUAAAAAUACGAUUCAUUUUGCAUACCAACGGUUUGUCUGUAGAACGAACAUUUUUUUUAAAUAUAGGAACAGUGCUUAGGAACUCUUGUUGACCUAGCAAUAGUUAGUUUUGAGAACCAUUAAACCGCGUGAAUUUGUUAGUUAAGAGACCAUUGAAAUAGCUAUAGAAUAUUCAACUUACUAAGCCAUAUAUAAAUGUUAUAGUAUCUCAAUCAUCUUAUCACAGUAGAGACAGACUUUAUCCUACAAUAUAUCAUGAAUUACAUAAUUUAAUGCACAGAGUAUAACUCCUGUUGUUAAAUUCAACCAGUAUAUUAAAUUUCGAGGUAAAUCCCGAGUACUGUAGAUACAAUACAAUAGCCUAGUUUAAAUCUACAAGAUUUUCAUUUUCCUUUCUAGUGGGUAAAGAUAGGGUAACCUUGUACGUAUUACAGUGUGAAAAUGUCUUGAAUACGUGAUACUUUUGUAUGAAUAUGCGCAUAAUGUAAUAUUUUUGUAUAAAAAUGGUGUGUAUGUAAAUUUAAAUAUCGUGGCUCUUUAGAUUUCGAAAUCUUUGUGAUAUAUUUGAUCCUCUACAGUGACAGUGUAUAACGUCAGUAAUAUUAUCGCUUUUACUUUAUUGUUUAAAAUUACUAUUUUUUUUUUAAUGCAUAUUGAUUUAGAAAUACUCGUAAUUUCAGAUACAUUUUAAUGUGAAUGAAAUUAAAAUGAAUUACUAUUUGAGUGCGAUAAAAUUGGGAUUACUGAAAGUUUAAUGAUUUGUGUUGCUGUAUAAUAAAAUUUUACUAAAAAUAUGGAGUAAUGAGUAUUACUAAAUUAAUAAAAAAUGAAUAAUAUAUUUAAAUUGAUUGGAAGUAGAAAAUUGUAAUUUUUCAGUUACCUUUAUAUUUAUUAAUAUCUAUUAAUGUAAGGUGUGUAAUAUCGAGAGCAGAUAUAAUGUUCCCAUUAUUGACAAUAGCUAUUUUUCGCUAUUAAGAAAAAUUAAAUAAUUUUAAGCUAACUAAA